AUGCAAAAGAGUAUAUUGCUGACUAAACCUGAUGGAACACAAUCGAAUUUACACAGCACCAAGCCGGAAACGCCCACCACCGUGGAAUUCGACUCGGAGCAGAUGGAAAGGGGCCACAGAGAAAGAGGUCGUAGCAAGAAGAAAAGAGGCGAACGGGACUCAAAUGUAAGUAGUCUGUCGCGGUCGAGGAGUAGAGCCAGUAGCCGCAGCAGAGUGAGGGAGGAAGAGUUCCUUAAGUGGACCGUGUUGAGGCAGGACCCCUCGAUGCGGUUGAGGGUCGUGGACGUGGACUCCGAAGAAGAAGGCGAAGGUAAUGACGACGAUGACGACGACGGCGACGAUAUGGACGAGGAGGAGUCCGACGAAGAGCAAGUGAGUGAUAUUGAAAACGAUUUGGAAAUCGACGAGGAGUUCCACUACGAUCUGGGCAUGAAAGUGCUGCCUAACUUUUGUACCAGCAUAAAUGAAGUGCUAGAGUCCAGCAAGGCCUGGAUAGCCAAGUACGAAAUCAGCAUCCGUGGCCACGAAAACGAAGGCGUGUCUCUGGAGCAACUCGAGGGAGGUUACGUCAGAGCCAUCCAACUGCUCACCAAAGGCUCCGGCGCAGAGUCGGGCAACCAAAGAUCCUUCAUCCUCUACACAGAUCUGAGCGGCGAGUCCACCUACGCACUCACCUACCUCAUGGGCGCAGCCGUCAACCAGGGGGACACCGUAUAUAUCGUCCAUUGGGAACCUUCGAAGCCCACGGACGACUCCCAGAUGUUCACCAACGUUGCCAGAAUCAGAAAGCACGUCAUGCACCUGUUCGACUGCGUCGCGGGCGUCCUCGACGACCUCGACGUCGUCGUCCUCUCCUUGACCCAUCCGUACCCAAAGCACCUCCUCAACGAGAUGAUCCACGGCCUCAAACCAGUCGCCCUGUGCUGCUCCCUGUCGGUGAUCCUAUCCACUCUGCAGAACUUCGUCUGCUCCGUGCCCAUUCUCGCGGUCAGGAAGAAGCUAAAACGUGCCAAGCGCAAGGGCAUCAGCGAGUGA